UCACAGUAGAACUUACCCCUGUACCCACCACCCGGAAGUUGAAAGGCUCACCUCAAGUAGAUAUACCCGACUACCAUACCAACAUGUGUGUAUGUCAGUUCAGGGAAGUCUACACAUAGUCUGUGCAAAAUCCUUCAUGGAGAUCAAAAUACGUCAUUUGUGGAUUAUUAUCCUGAUCUCAUGUGGUGCUAGAUAUGCUGAGAGUCAGACUACAGCCAUCGCCUACCCUGGAGAUAACAGUACAGUCAGCUUCCUCAUCCCACAAGGUGGUCUUGGGACAGGAUCUUCAUUCUACUUUGUUACACCAAGUGGUGUGAUAGCCUUUAUUCUUACAGCAUCGGACGUAUUCAUAGCCACAGAUCCAUAUAAAGAUAGAGUAAUUUUGGAAGGCAGCUAUUCCUCGAGGAACAUCACAUUUGUGCUGAAGAACAUUACAAGAUCGGAUGCAGGACAUUAUAAUUGUAGCACUGCGGGGUCUACCAGUCAUAUACCGAACUGUGGCUUGAAGCUUAUAGUCAUCGGUGAGCCAACCAAGCCAGUCACAUCACUUCAAUCAACUCCCGUGGUUGGCAGGAACGUCACAAUGACGUGCUCAUCUACAUCUACAACACUGCCUGCAGAUCAUGGACUGACCUUCACCUACACCUGGAAGAUAGAUGGUGUCAACAUUAACUCGCCAGGUGGCGCUAGUCUAACAGUUCUGGUUGAGAGUCAUGACCCACAAGAUAUCACCUGCCACGUGACAGAGGAUGAGGGCCUGGGGGGAGAUAGCGACGUUCUGAUGAUAACUCCUGACUAUCCUCCGUACAAUGCCAGCAUCUCGUCAACAUCUGUACAAGUCAAGGAGGCUGACGUCGUACCCCAGGUCACGUGUGUCAGCACGUGUCGACCUGCAUGCUCAUAUUCCUGGAAACAAGGAUCUCAGACAGUCGUGACUGGACAGGUCCUCAGUCUUGGAGCAGCAAACAGGACCAUGGCUGGCAGCUACGUGUGCACGGCAACUAACACAUAUGGCAUAACACAGAGUCCUGCUGUUUCACUUGAUGUCCAAUAUAAACCAUCUGCAGUUUUAAUGGCUAAUGGUCAGUCCAAUGCAGCUGGAGUUGACGAAAGAGGCUCUGUGGUUCUGUCAUGCGCAGUAGACAGUAAUCCUUUCUCCAGCAUCUCCAUCAUGAACGGCACUAUUCGACUGAACCACGUGACAGAGGCAGCCACCGCCAGUUUCAACUGGACUGGAGCGGAUUGUCUUGACGGCAGCGUCUACACGUGUCUUGCAAGGAACAUAGUUGGUGAAAUGACAGCAUCAGUAACAGUAAAUAUAAAAUGUUCCCCGCGGCUCAAUUUCCAAUACCCCACAGGGAGGGACGUGUAUGUUGACAUAGGACAGCCAAUCAGAUUACAGGUGUACAUCCUGGCCUUUCCACAACCGACUUUCACCUGGUUUAAACAGAAUGGAGGUAGUGCAGAACCUGUCGACCUGUCAAAAUGGCGCCAGUAUGACGAGGCCAUGACGUCAUAUAUUGUCACAGAUAUUGUUGAAGAGACGGAUUAUGGAGUAUAUAAUGUAAACGUCACAAACACACUUGGAAGAUUCCGAAUGCAAUUUCAACUUGGAAAGAAAGCACCACUUUCUGUACCGGAGAACUUCCAGUGUCAAAACAAAGCCGGCAGCUACAUCCUUCAGUGGACACCGGGUGGUGAUGAUGAGACAAGAGGCGUAGGGUUCCUGGUGGAACAAAGACUGCCACAGGCUAACUGGACCACAGUCUCCGCCACUGUUGCAAGUGAUGGUAUGAUGAGACAGGUGCAGUUUCCUGAGUCUGGAGACAGGACAGUCUUCUUCAGGCUCUAUGCUGCAGAGGGCGCUGCAAGGACGUCACCAGUGACAGCGUCAUGUACAUCAUUCACUGUUGCAGUCGACAAUGGUGAGCUAUCGUUCGGGGUAGGUGUGGGCGUUGGCCUUGCUGUUGCAGUAGCUGCUGCAGCAGUGUGCCUGGCUGUAGUUUGUAUCUGCAGAAAGAAGCGACUGUCACUAAGGAAUGAUCCGUCGAGGCAGAAGGAAGAGGAAUCUGUAUAUCAUGAGGUAGCUGCAUCUACCGUGACAACUCAGCACAGUCGCCAGCAACAUCGUCAGUCAGGUGCGGGGACAUCUGGCAGCACUUACGACGCCCUCACGUCUGACAGGGACACGCCAACAGAAGCACCAGCUUACGAGAAACUAGAGAAACAGUACGUGAACAUGGCGGUGUCUGCUGAUGAUGAGACCUAACUGCAAUCAUCAAAACAGAGUUCAGUGUAUGACAAAGCAGCACAUUCAAUAUGUCUCAUUAUACGUCUUCCAUGAGGUCUUGGCUUACAUCAGUGGGUUGGCUCUAUCUUUCUAUUUGAAAGCGUCUGAGACGCAAUAAUUCGAAGUGCCGAGUUACGUCCCUUAGGUGUGCCAGACACCCGUGAUCGUGUGUAUCUCAGAUCCGUUGUGGAUACCCUUCGUAGCUUUUCCGCACUGUACCAGUGCUCGUGGGUUUCAUCAAAUCAGUUUUCCUCCCACACCAAGCGUUAACACCAUUUAUAACUGAAGAAUUCCUACACAGCUGCGUUAAACUUAUUACCCAAUAUGAGCUACAAUCACUAAGCAACCAAACUGCACACACACACUCCAUUUUCUGUAACUAUAUUUGAUUUCAGAGAUGUACAUUGUUUCCCCAAAGCAAUCUUAUUUUUAGAAGCUUAUAGAUAUUUACAUGUAUAUACAUAUACAUAUCUUUAAAGACAGUUU